UUUGGGGGAAUUCUCGGGCCGAGGAUCACGAUGAGGCAAUCCAUAAAGCACAUAUUCGCACUGUUGGUUGCCCUGGAGUGUUUAAGCCUUGGCGACACGGCGCCCAUCGGUGAGCAUCCGGAUCAUGCCGGAUGUAUACGGAUAACGAUCAUCAAGCGACCAUUGGCCACCACCACCACCACGACAACAACAACAACUACAACCACAACAACCACUACAACCAGAGCAACAACCACGGCCGCUGGUUAAAAAGGAAUAUUCUAAAUUCAACACAAACAAUUUGUAGAAAUACACUUAGCUCCUCUGAUCAACGCUU